AUGGAACAACAGGGGAUCUUGCGCCCUCCUCGGCCACUGGCUGGGGACAAAAACCAGCGCGACCAGGGUUUGUACUGUGCUUACCACAGGGACGUCGGGCACGAUACUGAGGAUUGCAGACACCUCAAGAAGGAGAUUGAAAAGCUGAUACGGAGAGGCCACCUCGGGCAGGGGACCUGUGGGGGAGACAGUCAUACGGCUCGGCGAAACAACCGGCCUUCCCCCAGUGGGGAAAGCUCUAACAAGCGUUUAAAGAUGUACGAAGAGAUCAUCUAUGGGCCGGAGGACGCGGUACCCCUAGCCUCCAAUAACCAUGAAGCGAUUGUAAUAGAGGUCAUCACGUGUAACUACAAGGUAAAGAAGGUAUACAUCGACAAUGGGAGUGCCAUCGAUGUGCUAUACUACAAAACCUUCAAAGAGUUGCAGCUGGAAGAUAAGCAGCUCAUCCUCGUCCGAACUCCUUUAAUAGGUUUUGCAGGUCCGCCGGUAAGGCCCGAGGGAAUGAUAACCCUCAUGGUCACUGUAGGGGAGUAG